ACAAAAACCACGUGUGCCAAGAGAUGAUGUCCGAGUCUGAUACUCCGGGUACGCCAACUAAAAACGUGCUUUUUUCACCAGUAAAAGUUUCAGGUGGACCGCCGUCCUCUCACGUGAACCUGACUGGAAUUCCAAGAAAAAUCAAGGACAGCUGUGCGGAUAUUUAUAACUUCGUUCAGAAAUGGAACAAGCUGAACGCGAAUGGGACUCUCCUGAUGAACAAAAUCGCGUCGGAAAAGAUACGCAGUCUCGAAAGCAGUGGGAGCGACGUUCAAGACCAUUCAGGGCCAGAAACCUCGGAUUCUCAUUCAGAGAAGAUUUCCGAACUAUGUUCUUUGCUGCUUGACAUAUGGAAAGAAAUGGAAGAACAAGUGAACAGAGUGGCUGCCAUACGGGAUAACCUGGAAGCUGUAGCUCAACUGGAUGAACAGCAUGGGGAUAGAGAUCAAAUUCCAUUUCAGACAUGGCCAGUGCGAAGGUUUUACGAAACAUCCGAGAAGAUUGUUGGAGCCUACAGGAAAGAACUUGAAGUCAAGAAAUGUCUCCUUGAAGACGUGCCUCAUGGGAAGGACUCUAAAGUUUUGUGUUUCCUUGUGACAGCCUGGACUUAUGACCCUUACAUUGAUGAUGACUGCAAACUUUGUGUUGAGGCAAUGGUGACUGAAGUUGGGUUUAAAUGACACUUCAAAACCAUAGCACCAGCUGUGAAAUAUUGAUGGAACUCUACUCUUAUGCAUGAGGCUCCGAGUGGCAGCUUCAUUUCAUGCAACGAAUGCGACAUACCCUCAGAUUCGAUAACCCAGUUUGUGUUAUCUGUAAGCGUGCAUUUAUUGCAUUAACAAGCAUAACUCAUUCCAAAUAAUGUUAUGCCCCCUUCUGUUAUACUGCUGCCAAGAUGUCGGAUGUAUGCAGUGGUGUCGAAGUGUAGACCAGCAGCUACACUUGUGUGCUGCCAAAACAUGUAAUAAAAAUAUGGCACACGA